AUGGUCACUUUCAACCGGCCUCUCGCCAACAGAAUGAUGGGCUCUCUUCAUAUAUUCCUUACGUAUAUGCUGCCUCUCCUCGUUCUCGCUCAACAACAACAACCUCCACCAACGCAACCUGAUGGCAAUGGUCAAUCUUCCGACUUGACAUGGCAAAAGAUCGUCGCAGGCUUUGUCCUCCUGUUGGUCGGCAUCAUCCUCAGCUUCCGAGGCUAUCGUUAUUAUCGCACCAGCAUGUUCCUCGCUGGCUUCAUUGCUGGUUGUGUGAUCGUCUAUUCGAUCUUUAAGAGUUUCGAGCCCGACAGCGGUUGGAAACACCGUCAGAUCAUCUAUGUCUUUGGCUGUAUCGGUGGCGGUCUCCUCAUCGGCUCUAUCUGUUGGCUCUUUUAUCAUUACGCAGCCUGGAUGUUGGGCGCUGUCGCCGGUUUGGCCGUUGCGCUUUAUAUUCUCGGUUGGCGUAACGGGGGUCUAAUUCGUUCCAAGGGUGGUCGAGUCGGUCUUCUCGCCGGAGCUUCGGCCCUGGGUCUCAUCUUUGGUUUAUUACUCGGUCGUAAAAUCCUGAUCCCCGCUAGUGCAAUCGUCGGUGCCUAUGUGGCCAUCCUCGGUGUCGACCUCUUUGCUCACACAGGCUUUGUAGACUCUGUCAGACGAUUCUUCUCAUCCGAUUCAAGAAUCGAUUACAAUCUCACUACAAACCUGUACAUCAUGCUCGGUGUCGUCGGUGGACUGAUGCUGCUCGGUUUCUUGUUCCAGGUCUUUUCUUGGCGACGUCAGCGAAAAUUAAUGAAAGAGCAAGGUCGUGAUACUUAUGAGUAUGAAAAGGAUUGGACCCCGUUCGGGCAGCGCAAGCCUCGUGCUAUCCGUCCCGAUUCUACUUAUCCCGAUGGAAGACAGUCUGAAUACAAUGAUCGCUACAGCGGCUACAACAGCUAUAAUAACUAUAAUAACUAUAACAACCCAGCGAAUGCUCCUGUCGCUUCCACUUCCGCCGGCACUGCCCUACGUGAUAAUCAGCAGGAGCACUAUAAUGAAAAGAGCUCCUGGAAUCCUUUAAAGAAAAACAAAGAGACCAACACAACCACUACAGUACAAAAUGACUAUCCCGACAAUCGCGUCAGCUACAAUAGUCAGUCUGCUUUGAAUCAGCCGCAGCAGUAG